UUCGAAAGAGCGGCAAACGCCGUUUCGGACGGCGAUGGACGGGUCGGCGAUGCUGCCUGGACAUGGCGUUAGCGACACGUCCAUGCGCAAGACGCUCCUGUCCAAGCAGCAGUUGCAGCAUAAUGGGAACAACCCGUCCAUCGUCGACACGACGGUGCUUCCUGAACAAGCCAAUUGUACGCCGUGGACCCCCAAGAGUCUCGGCCGCGCCAAAAGCGCAAUCGUCUACCGGCAAACGCUCAACGACAACUUGAUGUUCCUCGAGCGCAACAUCUUCUUCUUCCACGAAUGGCGCACUCGAUUUGUCUCGUUGCAGGACGAUCACAUUCUCAUCUACGCGACGCGCGAAAAGUGGGAGCAAGGAACAGCACCGGAUCGAAUUGUCAAGUUGAACCCCAUGAUGCUACUCAGUGCAAUUCGCGUUGACGUCCAAGACGAAUCGUACGAUGCGGAUGGGAACGGACCCGUCGUGACUCGGCUUUUCCGCCGCAAGCUCCUCGAAACGGACCCACUCGAUCAGUGGCUCAAUGGCGAAUUGCGGCAAGGCCUUGUCGUCGACGGCCGCGGAAGCAACACAGACACUACUGUCGCCAACAAUCCCGAAGCCAGCGCCCGCGCCAUCUUUGAGUUUGCCACGACCAACCAGCACACGUUCGAGCUGUGGUCCAAGUGCCUCCGGCGUGCGUUGCAGCGCCAGGUCCGACAGCGCCAGCACGAGAGUGUGACGUCAAACAACAACCAAGCGUCGUCGUCAUCGUCGAGGUCGAAAAAGGCCAAUGUUACAGCGCUGCAUCCGUCACCGUCGUCGAGUUGGGUGUCCCCUGGCCAGGACAGCCGCGUCACCCUUCUUCAGAGCGAGAUCUGGUGCACGCGACUCCUCCAAGACGACAAGGAGAAGGCCGAGUCGGAGCUGCGCCGCAUCAUUGCUAUGGAGAGACUUGUUGCUCAAGUCACGGGGCCGGCCAUGGCGCUGCUCGUGUACGAAAAAGUCAGCCGGGUGCACGAGUUGUUUGCCGCCAACAGCCGCCGUGAAAUGAACACGAAGAACGCCCCAUUGAGUCAAUUCCAGUCGACAUCGACUGGCGACGACGCCACGGCGCCAGCAGCUCCCCCAGUCGCCCUCUCGCCCGACGUCCUGCACUUUUUCGGUGAUCACUUGAAACGAAAGUACGCCGUGUUUCUCAUGCUGGCUCUCGCGCAUGGCAUCUCCGAAGACAGCAUCCGCGAUGCCCACGAACGCAUGUGCCGCGAAAACGACGCGGUCGACGCGGGGGUCGGCGGAGGUGACGGUAUUGUCGACGACCUUCGCGACAUGUCCCAUCUCGGCUUUCGAGAUGCUGCCAGCAUCGAUCUGUACAACAAGUACAGGACAGCUGCUGCCAACUACUUCAAGAUGAACUUUGGCGACCCGAGCGCCGCCGAGGAAGAGGACGCGAUCAUGCACCUUCCUGUCAUGCUCCAUGUCGCAAUCGUCCGACAAGAUGAAGAUGAAGUCCGUGCCAUGGCGCAUAUCCUUGACACGGUCAAGGAAAGACUGUUAAACCACGUCGAGCAAGGGAACAAUGAUGUCGAUGAAGGGAGGAACCGCGAAUGAUGAUGCGAUCCAACGAUUGCGUCCGCUGCAACGUCCGCCCUGCGAAAUGCCUGUUAUCGAGCCCGAUUGCGAAGAUGUAACCGCAAUUGCGCGCACUUGGUUGACUUAAUGUGACUUGUGAGGGGACAUCAUGCCUUGCAAAGACCUUCAUGCAUUGGAGGCUAUUUCAUCCAGCCAUCUAUGGAUACGAUGCACGGACGCUCGAAACUUGUCGUCACGAAGAUAUUGAACAGCAAGUGCAUCGCAAGUCGAGGCAGUCUGGAAUCUAGACGAUGGCAAGUCGUUUGCUGCUGCUGAGGUCGCUUGACUGGGCAGGGACGGAAAUGUCGCGUGGAAGUGAUCGACCCAUUCCAUGAGCUCAUCUUCUGCUGAAAAUUGAAUCCUACGGCGAUUUCAUCAGGUGAGAGUCCCAUGAAGAGGGAACAUUGCAGAGGACGUGGUUUCGAUGCAUCCUUCGAAGUAGAUCUUCAAGAGCCGUCGUCGGUGUGAGAUUUGUCGAGGCUGUGCAGUCUUCACCCCGCCAAGGAAGAUACCUUCCUCGCGCAAUGAAAGAGACAUCGACUUCUUGAGCGCCAUGAGUUUCUUCUUGCCGUCUCGACGGACUAGACGGACGCGGACGGACUGCAUUUCGCGCGCGCAAUUCGAAAAUGCGUCGAAUAUAUGAUGGAAUUCAACCAAUCAAUUUCGUUCAUUGAACAAUUCACAUCGGAAGGACAUGGAGGUGUCCAUGCGCGGCGAGUUGAGAUCGCCAUUUCUCAUGCACACACUGCUUAGUUGGGACAAGAGCUGUCGUGAGGCCGUCGCUGAAGUGUUUGAGGCGUCACUUCAUCUCGA